AUGUCUGGCAGGGGUAAAGGCGGCAAGGGGCUCGGCAAGGGCGGCGCCAAGCGGCACCGCAAGGUGCUGCGCGACAACAUCCAGGGCAUCACCAAGCCGGCCAUCCGGCGGCUGGCGCGGCGCGGCGGCGUGAAGCGCAUCUCGGGGCUCAUCUACGAGGAGACGCGCGGCGURCUCAAGGUYUUCCUGGAGAACGUGAUCCGCGACGCCGUCACCUACACGGAGCACGCCAAGCGCAAGACGGUCACGGCCAUGGACGUGGUGUACGCGCUCAAGCGCCAGGGACGCACCCUCUACGGCUUCGGCGGCUAAAGCGCCCAUUGCUUGUGUGUAACGAACGACCCGCGAACCCAAAGGCUCUUUUAAGAGCCACCCACUCUUUCUCAGAAAGGGCUGUGUCGSGCCUCCCCUUCUAGCGAGGCUCAGCGUGUUAUCCGCAGUGUCGUCCUUUUAUUAACUCCUUCAUUGCCUGUCCGUUCUCGCCUGUAUACGCUGCUCUCCUCCCCCACCCUGGAAAGGGCGCCAUGCUGUGAGCUGCAGCUUUGAACUCGGCGGCAGCUGCCUUUGCUUGUCGGCUCUUAGCCUUUACGCGCCCACUGUCAGCUUUUGGCAGACCUUGGCGCUGUUCUUCUCUCGCCUCACGAAGGCGCAAAGCAGCUGCGCUCUCCCAGCGGUGCCGCUUUGCUGAGCGGGGAGGGGUGGUAGGAACAUCCGUUAUUGCGUAGCGCCCACAGGAACCCCGCUCUCGCUGCGCGCCCAGGGCGGCCGCUCCCCGCAGCG